GAUACAGAGGGGCGGUAGAGCAGCAAGCUGCUGCUGCUGCUGCUGCUGGAAGCAUCUCCCGCUGCGCUGCAGUUGCUGCGGGGGUAUUCCUUUCUGCUUACUCUCCCCCCCCUCGGGAGAAGCAGCAAACAACAGCAAACGAAAAAGAAAGAAGGAGCAGCAGCACUUUAAAUGCCCGCUGCACUCCCUGUAAGAAUUCAUGCUAUGUUGGAGCUCCUUGUGUGCUGCCGCCUCAGCUGCUUGAGGGGGAAGAGGGGUUAGGAGGAGGUAUCCCCACUGCAGACAGCAGCAGCAGCAGCAGCAGCAGCAAUGAUGCCGCUGGGGUGCUCUGCUGCUGCUGCUUGAGCCGACCUGCAGAUGCAACAGACGCUGCCGGUGCUGCUCUUGCUACUAGCAGCAGCAGCAGCAACAACGGCGAUGUCCUCAUUGUUGCGGCACCAGAUUUAAGGGCGUUAGCGCUGCUGCAGCAUGGGAGCAGCAGCAGCAGCAGCGGGGGCGCAGCAGCAGCAACAGCAGGAGCAGCAGCAGCAUCCGACCCGUCUGCCUCUGGUGGUUAUUUCUUUUCGUCUGCGCGGCUGCAAGCAGCAGUAGGCGGCGCCUUGAUGCCGAUGCAGGGCUUCCGCGACAACAACAGCAACAGCAGCAGCAGCAGCAGCAGCGGUGGGUAUCCUUCGGUGUGCAGCGAGUGGUAUAUGCGCUUGCAGCUAGGGGAGGAGGCGGGCCGCGUGCUGCAGGUGAUGGAGCCAUUUGCUUCGCCUGCCUUUGGGGUGCUGCAGCAGAGCAGCACCAUUUGCCCUUCCCCCUUUGACGUACGGAAGCGCCGCCAGUGGCUCUCCCUUCCCUAUGCAGCAGACCCUUUUGCUGCUGCUGCUGCUGGUGCAGCAGCAGAAAGGGGGGUUCCUGGGCACCACAGACUGCCUGAUGGGGUCAGCAGCAGCAACCCGUACUGCAGCAGCAGCAGCAGCAGCAGCAGGCGGAAGGGGGUGUCUUUGUUGAAUUCGCUGCCGUGUGUACAGCCUCCGGCUGCUCAGAGCGACGCAGCAGCAGGGGCCCUCUGUGGGGCCCCCAAGCUGCUAAUCCUAACAACAAAGUAUAUUCUGCAGCUGCGGAGGCAGACAAUUAGUCAUAUAUAUCUUCAAGGCCUCAGCAGUCUGCUUAAAGAGGGGGUACAGGGGCCCCUAUGGCAUCCCCCCUCAACGACCUCGUACGCUCGGGUUGGAGGGGGCCCCCACGGCUACGAGGACAGCUACCAGCAGCAGCAGGAGCAGCAGCAGCAGCAGCAGCAAGAGCGGGGCAUGGUGUUGUCUGUGGGGCCCUACCGCAGCACACCUUGGCGCUGGGGAGAGCUGCUUGCGCAGCACAUGUGUGAAGAAACCCAAUUCGGUAGCGACAGCAUGUUUGCUGUUUUCUGGCAGUUAUUAGCAGACAACUUUGCUGCAUUUGCUGCAUUUAAUGCAGUACAAACCACAGCAACACCAGGUGGGGGGGCCCUCCAGGGGGCCCCCGAGACCCUCGCACCCCCCUUCAGUCUCCUUAGCAAACAGAUGGGGGCCCUACGAGUCAAUAGAGGGCCCCACAUUCAGCACUUAACUGCUUCCCAGCAUGCGCAAGUGGGGGCCUCCCUAGGUGGGGGGGGCCCAGGUGCCUUCGAGACCCCUUUUGGCCUGGGAUACAUUGAGUGUUCGGAGCGGCAGCAGCAGCAGCAGCAGCAAGCUGCUGCUGCUGCUGCGGGAAAGGGGGCCUCUGCCUGCAGCAGUGGCGGCAUCGGGCUGAGUUCAGCAGCAGCAGCAGCAAGUGCUGCUGCUGCUGCUGCAGGGGGGCAGCAGACACAAGAAAAAAUGGCUGGGGUUGCUGCAGCCUGGCGAAUGCUGACAGCUCUGGAGGUGCGGAGAGAAGCAGCAGCACCAGCAGGCACGGAGUUCAUGAGCGAGCAGCUUUUGCUGCCCUUCAUGCUGCAGCAGCAGCAGCAGCAGCAGGGCAUGCUGCAGCAGCAGCAGCUGCAGCAAAACUGGAGCUCUAGGGUUCUUGGCUGCGCUCCACAGCAGCAACAGCAUCAGCUCUUUCCGCAGCAAGCAGGAGGGGGGCCGUUGCACUCUUCUGCUGCUGCAGCAGCAGCAGCCUCUCAGCAGGGAGGGGGCCCCUUGGGGGCCCCCUUGCAAGGCCUAACGAACACAGCUCGGGGCCUCGUCCUCUUUGCCUCCCGGCUGCUGCGGCCGCUAUUGGGGACCCCCAUAGUUGAAGCUGCUUUGCUGCCUUGUGGCUUGGCGCGCUCUGAACGGGAUGAGCAGCAGCAGCAGCAGCAGCAGCAACAAGGAGGCAGCAGGAAGAGAGGGCGUGACUUUGAAUGGGAGCAGCAAGAAGAAUUGCAUGCAGCGACACAGCAGCGGAAGCUCUCUGCUUGCCUUGUCGGCAGAUUCUCAGCAGAGGCAGUAGCCCGCAUGCUUUAUAAGAUUGCUUCUCUAUACGAGGUCGUUGAUGCGGUGUACACGACUCUGUUUUUUGCUUUUGGGCAGCGAGCAUCGCUGCAGCAGCAGCAGCAGCAGCUGUCUAGGGGCGGCUCUUGGGGUUUGCCUUCCCGCGGCAUGCCGCCGCACUUCGCUGCGCUGCGCCUGUCAGGGGCCCCCUAUCAAGAAGGGGGCCCCCUGGGGGGCCCUGGGGGCCCCUCUGCUGCAGAGGCAGAACAGCAGGACAUAAUUUGGAGUUUAAUUCCUCUGGGUGAUGCUGUGGAGCUUAGCGUGUUGUACGGCGUGAGUCGCGUGUUGGUGACGGCCUCUGAGAUGCUGACGGCAUAUCAGUUGUUGAUGCAGCAGGCGGAGUAUUCCGUGCAAAUGGGCACAAGCCGCUGCAUUUCCUCGCAUUUGUUUGACGCUCUUCUUUCGUUGACACUCACCGACCU